UAUAUAGUAUUGGAUUUGAUUUGAUAAAUGCGCGUUGUGUUUACAUCACCGUAGGUGUUUUGUGAGUCGGUGUUGGGUUUCUAUUGCUUUGAGAAAUCUACGGAAAAAGGAGGAGAAUUCCAAAGCGUUCGAACUGGAUCAUCUAACGUUUCCCAGAUUUCCUGUUCCUGUGUUAAAGAAUUACCGUGGGCCGCUGAUGUAAGGUCAAUGAGCAGUGACGCAAAACACCAUUAACGAAAGCAGCCCCAUGGACUAAUGCUCAAGACUCGACAGAUCCAUCUCACACCCAUGGGGUCACAUUCCCUUGUUGACGUUUUGCAGAGGGACGGCGACAGACUUGUCCACACUGGGUGACUUUUUAAGUUUGGCACCUCUCCUGUUGCCAAACUUUCAAAUACUUUUUUUCUUUUCUUCUCCUUGGCUUUUAUUUUUUCAACGCAACAAUUUUUUCGGGAUCGAAACUGGGAUUUUCCCUCAUAUUAUGUACCUCAAUGGAUACAAGCAGCUCAGGGGUUAGCACGCAAACUGAGGAGCAGUCCUUUCAUGUUCGCUACAGGAUGGAGGUGUCCUGCCUGGAGCUGGCAUUGGAAGGUGAACGUCUCUGUAAGGUGAGCGACUACAGAGCAGGUGUCUCCUUCUUUGAAGCUGCCAUCCAGGUGGGCACGGAGGACUUGCAGGUGCUCAGUGCCAUCUACAGCCAGCUCGGCAAUGCCUACUUCCACCUGCACGAUUACGCCAAGGCCCUGGAAUUCCACCGACACGACCUCACCUUGACCAGAACAGUUGGAGAUCUGGUUGGAGAAGCCAAAGCCAGUGGAAACCUCGGGAACACGCUGAAAGUAAUGGGGCGAUUUGAUGAGGCUGUGGUUUGCUGUCAGAGGCACCUGGAUAUAGCAAGGGAUAUUAAUGACAAGGUGGGUCAGGCCAGAGCUCUCUAUAACUUUGGGAAUGUGUAUCACGCUAAAGGCAAAAGUAUCUGUUGGAGUGGAGCUGAGCCUGGAGAUUUUCCAGAGGAGGUCAUGAUGGCACUGAGGAAAGCAGCUGAGUACUAUGAGGCUAACUUGGCGAUAGUAAAGGAGCUUGGCGAUCGGGCUGCCCAGGGCCGCACCUAUGGAAACCUUGGCAACACAUAUUAUUUGUUGGGAAAAUUUAACAAUGCAGUAGAUUCUCAUGAACAGCGCUUGCUCAUAGCUAAAGAGUUUGGCGACCGCUCGGCAGAAAGACGAGCUUACUGCAACCUGGGAAAUGCCUACAUCUUUUUGGGGGAAUUUGAAGUGGCAGCAGAGCACUACAAGAGGACGCUACAAUUGGCGCGACAGCUGAAGGAUCGAGCUGUGGAGGCUCAGGCCUGCUACAGUCUAGGCAACACCUACACACUCCUCCAGGACUUUGAGCGAGCCAUCGACUAUCACCUGAAACACCUCAUCAUAGCCCAGGACCUGAAUGACAGGAUCGGAGAAGGCCGAGCAUGCUGGAGUCUGGGGAAUGCUCACACAGCACUGGGGAACCACGACCAGGCCAUGCAGUUUGCUGAGAAACACCUUGAGAUCUGCAGAGAGACUGGCGACAGGAGCGGGGAGCUGACGGCUCGUAUGAACGUGUCAGACCUCCAGAUGGUUUUGGGUUUGAGCUACAGCACUAAUAAUUCCACUCUUUCUGAGAACAAAGAGGUCGACUAUAACCUGCACGGCGCGAGGCCCAGGAUGAGCAGGAGGCUCAGCAUGGAGAACCUGGAGCUGAUGCAACUCACACCAGACAAAAUGAAUGGUCAAAAGUGGAACAGUGACAUGCUGAGCAAACAAUCAAAACCUUCCCUGGUUAAGAGCUCCUCCAAACUGUUCUUCGUCAGCCGUCUGCGUGGGAAAAAGUGUAAAAGUAGCAACAGUAAAAUCCUCCAGGACACCAGCAACACCCUGGACACCAGCCAGACCAGUUCACAGGGAGUGCAGAAGCGAGUCAGCCCUGAAGUGCUCGGAGACGAGGGCUUUUUUGACCUCCUCAGUCGUUUCCAGAGCAACCGUAUGGAUGACCAACGCUGUGCAAUCCAGAAUAAAGGCAGCAAGUUAUCAUUGAACAGUGGACCAGAGACGCCUCCCAGAGUUAUUAGGAAAUCUGUGUCAGAGUCUGCUAAUGUCGGGGGCACUCGAGGCCGGCGAUUGGAGGACUCUGGCGCAGUUGGGGGAAGCCUGCCUGGUCUCAGGGUCAAUCACAACAACAACCAGGCGGUGCUCAGCCACCUGAUGGCCAACGCUGACAACGCAGAGCCCGAUGAUAACUUCUUUGAUAUGCUCGUCAAGUGCCAGGGGUCCCGUUUGGAUGAUCAACGCUGCGCUCCCCCUCCUCCUUCAGCCCGGGGUCCCACUAUACCCGAUGAGGACUUCUUUAGCCUCAUCAUGCGCUCGCAGGCCAAACGAAUGGAUGAACAACGUGUUACCUUGCCAUCCACCACAAACAGUACGGGCAGACCUGGCUCCAAUUAAACAAAAUGCAGAUAGGGGGACACUAUUUUUUCCUUUUGUUUAACCUCACAGGUGUGGACAUCGGUUGAGGUAAUGGUCCAUUUGCCAGUUAGUAACUGGGAGAGGCAGAGUACAGCCUUGUGUUUCUACACGUUUGUCCUUCGGGACAGUACAAAGCACUAAAAGUAGUAUGUAGAAGAUUGUAUGGAAACUAACUGGAGUGUGUUCAACAUCCAGAAUCACUUAAAAUAUUUCUGACAGAUGCCAACCUCAGUAGUGUCAGGGACAAAGGUGUUUGUAUCAUUUCUUGGUUUUUAUUAAUUCUUUACUUUGUUGGAUUUUGUGUCACACAGUGUGUAUUUUUAAAUACACAGCAGCUGUUUGUGUUUAUUACGUUAGUUUACUGUUAACUAACGUGGAUCAGUAUCAGAAUCAGUCCAGGAACACGUCCAGCACUCUUCCCUUGUAUAUUUGUUGUACAUAAAGUUUUGGUAUUAGACAUUACUGUGGUCAUCCAAGAUGGUUUCAAAAUCUAUUUUAAACUGUUUGAUAAAAAGAAUGUUUUUAACUGGUCUACA